AGGUUCUUUCUAUUUGGAUCCGAACAUUUGGCGACACAAUUGAUAGAGAGAGCGAGAGAGAGCGAGCUUGCCCCAAAACCCACUGAAAUUUCACGCUACAUUGAAGAAAACUCUUUGACUAAGCAGUUCAUCUUUUCUGGGUCUUGGAGGUUCAGACUUCAGAGGCUCUACUACUUUCCUUUUUCGCCGUGAUUUGCUGUGCUUUGCUUCUUCAGGUGACAGAUGCCCAAUAGGGCAGCCCCCUACAACACCUAGAAUCAAACGCAUGGCCUCCACCAGCAAGUUGGGGAGAGAUGCUGCUCUGCCCAAUGGCUUCAUCUGAUUUACAUCACUAGCUUUUCAUAUUGGGAGAAGAUAAGUAGUGGGUUUUUAGGAAAUCGGAAAUCCAUCAUGUUCAGGCAAUCACCUAGUAGGAAUAACAGAUCCAGAGGCUUCAAGGUAAAGCAUGUCCUGCAAAUUUGUCUACUGCUGGCUGUUUGCUUCUGGUUAAUCUACCAAGUGAAGCACUCCCAUGACAAAAAGAAAGAAUUUGAUGCAAAUGAUGCAGAAAUCUCUGUAAGAGCACAAAAUGACAAUGAAGUUCUGAAAUUUGGGAGGAAAGACCUCCAUCCCCGAGUGGGGGAAACUACUAUUGAGAAUGAGAAGCGUAAGGAAGAUGAAGAAGAAACUGAAGCUGAAGAAGAAGAUCAAGAAGGAGAAGGCAAGCUUGAAAAGAAAGAAGAUGAAGGAAGAGGGGAUGGAGAUGAUGAGAUAGAUGAAAACGAUCAAGAGAAAACUGAAGGGGAAAGUUAUCGUGAAGAAGACUCUAUAGAUGACGAAAAAGAUAGAGAAGAGGAGGGUGAUGAGAAGGAAGGUGAAGAGAAAGAAGAUCAAUUUGAGCAUGAGAGUUUGUCAGAGGAGCAAGAUCAUGAUGGUGGUGGCAGGAAUACUCAUGAGGCACGAGAGGAACAUUACAGAGGGGAUGAUGCAUCCAGUGCAGUUGCUCAUGAUACUCAAACCAUUAGCACUGAAACUGAAAAUAUGAUGUUUGAAAACCAGAAUGAGAAUGAGUUGAAUAUUUUAGAACAGAAUAAUAAAUUCAAUGGCAAUGAAGUCAAUACUGUUCAGAAUAUUUCAGGACCAAUUGUGGCUGAAAGUGAAAGGGCUGGAAAUGGCACUUCUUUAGACAGGAUAACUUUUGAAGAGAAAGGUAACCAGACUAGCUUAUCUAACACUGGGGAUGGUUCCUUUCUGAAUUCGACAUUUGUAACAGAAUCCAAUAGUCCACCACAGGCAAGUUAUAAUUUAACAGAUGGGAAAAUAGAAACACAUGAUUCAUCCCUGGUGAAACAAACAGAUACCCUAUUGGAUUUGACUCGAAGUCAAAAUGCAACGGUAGAAGGCACAUCCACUGGAGAGAACUCAAGUUUGCAAAUUAUUGUGCAGGAACAGGCCAAUAGCUCUAAUGCAAUUUCUAUUAACAAUCAACCUGAUUCUAAUUCAACAAUAUCUUCCAAGACUGGGAAUGCAGAUGUUGCAAGGUCAGAUACAGCUAGUGAAGGUGAUAGUUCCAGCUCUUCAGCGACGAAGGAGAAUAUUGAUGGAACUCAAACCAAAAUGUCAGACACCAGCAAUAUGAUGAGCGUGAGACCAGAUCCAGCUGCCGAAGCAGAAGACAGAUCAGGGGUGUUGGCAACAAAGGAGAAUGCUGAUGCAACUCAAAGUGAGAAGUUGGAAACCCUUACCACAAUGGAUGGAAAAGAUGAAGGUUCAGGCUUUUCUUCGACAAAUGAGAACACAGAUGCUGUUCAGCAGGAUCCCAUUGAUUCGUCUGAUUCUUCCAUACCUCAAUACGAUAAAAAUGCUCACACAGAUUCUGAAACAUUACUAAAGAUUAGAAUGGGAGGGAGCGACAGUGAAGAUGCUGCAGCGGAAUGAUAGUUGUGAGUAGAUGAUGGAUUCUCUUUUCCUGUUUCCCUUUUAAGUUAAAGUUUUGUUUUCUCAGUAGUCAGUUCUGCAGCAUGAACUUGAACUCUUUGAUAUUUUUGCUUGAAUGAGUGAAACUCUGGCAAGUGUCUAGACAAAAUGUUCUCAACUACGCAAGCAAAUUUAGGCUAGUAUAAGAGUAAAGGAUUUAAUCUGUAUAAAUUAUUUUUGUUCA